AUGAGCAUGAGAACCACCGGCAGCCGCCUCCUCGAGUACCGCAAUGUCCGACCACGCUGGGUUAUGAGAAGACUCAAGCUCCUCCGAACCUCCAAAGAUGAAAAGAUCCUGGCAAACCGUUCGAAAGACGGUCCAUUCGACAGUCUCGCCAUGUCACGUGCCACCCAGAAACAAGGCGGCACCAUUAGCAUCGGGCUCGUCCUCAGUCGAGAAAGCGGGCGGCGAGCCCACCAGCUGCGAUCUCGUUGCAUCGAAAUGCCCCUGGGCAAGACUGCGACUUUCCGCAUCCCCCUGUUCAAGCCGAUCCCGGCAGCACCGAUCUCCCUCCGUCUGUACGAGACCAUGAAGCUUCUCAGUACAUCCAAGACGGUGUUCGAACUCGAGGUCGAGGCCCCGUAUGUUGCUGGGUGUCUUGUGGGGUUUACCACGAAGCAGGAUCCGGGUGUUCAACGAUUACAGCACAAAUUCAUGCACGCGUUCGCGAUCGGGGCUGCCACGGACGGUGAAGGGAAUCCUAUAGCCUACACCCUCGACCCCAAACUCACAAUUGCAAAGUUCCCGCUUGGCGCAAAGGCUUUUGUCAGAUGUCUUGAGCACGCCAAGGAAGAGUAUCAAAUCGGUAUUCAUCCUCUCACAGUUACAGCUCUCUGCUUCAGGUACUCGCCUGCGAUGAGAGGAAAUAUCAAAUGGGACCCGCAUCAUAUCAGCCGGCAAUGGUUCGACUUCCCUCUUGUGGGCGCGGACAAAGUCGAGGCUCGACAUCGAGAAUAUAUGGCGUUCAAAGGUAGAUUAGCGGCUCACAAGGAGGAGAUUAAGGAGAGGUUGAAGGCUCAGGAGGAGGCUCAGACGGUCUUUAAGGUCAUUGGGCCUGAGAAAGCUCCAGAAGCGCUGCAAGAGCGACCCAAAGUCCCAGUGGGACUGUCGCGAGAUAUCGCCAAGUAUUUUAGGAUGACGCAGGAGGAGGCAAGAGUGGCUGCUGGGUUGCCGAUCGAGCGGCAUUGGCUUCUGCCUGUUCGCCAAUUGACACCAGUUCAGGACCUGGGGUCUAGCUUUCGGCGCGAGCUGGACCAUACCUGCGGUUCUAUGGCCAGUUCUACGACCGUUGCUCUGAAGAUGGGCACAGGAGACGAGAUGCCAGGAUAUAACGAAGUCCUUCGCAAAGUAACACUCACGCCUCACUCAACAGAAAACAUCGAGGUCGAGGUCGAGGCGUCCGAGCAAAUCUUGUACAUCAUCUUGUUCUUCGUGCACGUCAACAUGCGUUCCUGCGAGUAUUCAAAAGAAAGACGCCCGAGAUCCGAUGCAGCUUCUGCUCCCCAGCGAACGAGCGAAUAUUCCGGGCCUCAGUCCCAAUUUUCAGAUUGA